AGGAGGCGGGAGCGCAUCUUGGGCAAGGGUACUAAGCUGAGCUGAGAAUUGGGAGCUGGCUAGACAGGUCUGUGUGCUGCAGGCCCUGCAGACUUUCGGCGGGCGGAACCUCACGCGUCGAGACUGGGACUCAGGAAGGCCGGUGACCUCGAGAACCCAUUAAGAGUCCAGUUUUUAGUGAAAAAGCAUUGAGCUCAGAGCCAAGACCUACCUCCUUAUCAAUUUGAUAUUGUGCAAGUCAUCUUACCUCUCUGGAUCUCAGCUGCCUCAUCUGUAAAAAGAAGAUAAAAAAUUUUAACCUAUCUGAAGGUCUCUGUUCUUAUGGAAGAAGAGGGUGAUAAAAGAAAGAAGGCCAUUCUUAUUGACCCCAUUAUGGAAGAAAAAUGAGGUGGAGGACUGUGCUACUGCGGCAUUGUUUUCUCUUGGUUACGUGUCUACUCACUGCUCUCGAAGCUGUGCCUAUAGACAUAGACAAGACAAAAGUAAAAAAUCCUCACCCUGUGGAUAGUGCAAAGAUAGAGCCACCAGACACUGGACUUUAUUAUGAUGAAUAUCUCAAGCAAGUGAUUGAUGUGUUGGAAACAGAUAAUCAUUUCAGAGAAAAGCUCCAGAAAGCAGACAUAGAGGAAAUAAAGAGUGGGAGGCUAAGCAAAGAGCUGGAUUUAGUAAGUCACCAUGUGAGGACAAAACUUGAUGAACUGAAAAGGCAAGAAGUUGGAAGGCUAAGAAUGCUAAUUAAAGCUAAAUUAGAUUCCCAUCAAGACACAGGCAUAGACCACCAUGCUCUGCUGAAGCAGUUCGAGCACCUGAACCACCUGAAUCCUGACAAGUUUGAAUCUACAGACUUAGAUAUGCUGAUCAAAGCAGCUACUAGUGAUCUGGAACACUAUGAUAAGACUCGACAUGAAGAAUUUAAAAAAUAUGAAAUGAUGAAGGAACAUGAAAGGAGAGAAUAUUUAAAAACGCUGAAUGAAGAGAAGAGAAAAGAAGAAGAAUCCAAAUUUGAAGAAAUGAAGAAAAAGCAUGAAAAUCACCCCAAAGUUAACCAUCCAGGCAGCAAAGACCAGCUGAAAGAGGUGUGGGAACAGACUGACGGCCUGGACCCCAAUGACUUCGACCCCAAGACGUUUUUCAAAUUACACGAUGUCAAUAAUGAUGGCUUCCUCGAUGAACAAGAAUUAGAAGCCCUAUUUACCAAGGAGUUGGAGAAAGUAUAUGACCCCAAAAAUGAAGAGGAUGAUAUGGUAGAAAUGGAGGAAGAAAGGCUUAGAAUGAGGGAACAUGUAAUGAAUGAGGUUGAUUCAAACAAAGACCGAUUGGUGACUCUUGAAGAGUUUUUGAAAGCUACAGAGAAAAAGGAAUUCUUGGAGCCAGAUAGCUGGGAGACAUUAGAUCAGCAACAGUUAUUCACAGAGGAAGAACUGAAAGAAUAUGAAAGUCUAAUCUCCCUACAAGAAAACGAACUCAAGAAAAAAGCAGAUGAGCUUCAGAAACAGAGAGAAGAGCUACAGCGCCAGCAUGACCAGCUGGAGGCGCAGAAGCAGGAGUACCAUCAGGUUGUACAGCAGAUGGAACAAAAAAAAUUACAACAAGAAAUUUCUCCAUCAGGGCCUGGUGGACACUCUCAGUUCGAGCCACUCAUUUAACGUCCGAGGUCUACCAGAACUUGUAAGAAAAGUGUAACAUCAACAUCUGUGUCAUCUACUUACCUCUCUUCCUCUUUCUCUACUCAAUAAAUAUUUUGAAGCAUAUAUGGAAUAAAGGAGGACACGUUUU